GCCUUAAUCUAGAUUAUAGAUUCGCUCAGUCGUCACGUGGAUUAAUUAUUAGCUAAUCAAAAGCAUCAUCCUCUUUUAUAAUAAAAUAUUGUACUAAUACGAUCUGGUCUGACUUUUGAAUUUACCACAGAGGACGCAGACAGGCUAAUUAUUAGCUGGUUUUCACAUUUUGUCAAUAACUAUCUUCCAAGUACACACAUGCCAGAAGUGACGUGGCAUCAAAUUUCAGCAUAGAAGUAGAAUUGUAGGACACAUUCAGACACCAAACUCCCUGCGUUUAGAUUUUGUUCUCUCUUCUAAAUGACUAGUCAUGCCACUCCCAGACUAGCCAUAAUCUAAAUUUUAUGACUAGUAAUGUUUUUUUUUUUUUUUACAAAAUCAUAUUUUUAACUUCUUCACUUGUUAUACGUAUAUUUGUGCAGACUGAUAUACUAUUGCUUUGCUUCUUUGAAAUUUGUACAUACAUCAGGUGUUUUUAAUAGAGAAUAUUACUUUGUCUCUUUCAUUUUUUUGGUUUGACUACCUUUCUUUCAGCUUUCUUUGUCGCCACAUUUUCAAAAUUCAGUACCAUAAUUUUUCCUGGAUCACCUUUUUCCUUCUCUCAACUUUCUGGGCCACCCUUUUCCCAUAAUUGAUAAACCAAGUGUGAUUUUUGAUUAAUUCAUUAAUUAAUUAAAUUAAACAAAAUUAUAGAUGUGUAGCCCAAUCCUAUAAUAAUCCACGCUUAAUGGUUUUUUCUUCCUUUUCUUCUAAUUAGAUUUUGAAAUUAACAUAAUUGAGUUUUGAACUUCUUUUUCAUGGUUCCAUUUAAAUGUCUUGUUUUGAAUUACUGAUGCUAUAACCUUAUUUAUGUGACAAUGAAUUUAGACCGUGUAUAUAUAUAGGAAGUCGAAAGAAGACACGAAAGAUAAAGAAUUUUUUUUUUGGUAAAAGAAAGAUAAAGAAUUCUCACAAGUUUUGGGAAACGAUUCUUGUUUUGUCGUUAAAGUGACACGUACUGUUAUAUAUCUUCUUCGCAUCGGUUUCUACUUUGGUCUAACUAAAACAAAAAAAAAAAAAAUUGCAAAGAAUUAUAAUUAAAAAUGUAAGUUUGUUAUCGUUUCUUUUGUAAGCAACCAUUACGUACGUUGUUAACUUGUUAUCCUAUGAAAACACUAAUAAUUGAAUCUACUAAAACACACAAAAAACAAACAUAUAUAGAAUGGUGAAACUGGAAAACAAGAAAAUAAUAAUAAUAACAAGGACUUAAUUAUAAUUAAAAGUAAGAAGUUUAAACGUUGCUUUCCACAGUAUAUUUAGCUUAUUUUAGUUUCUUUCAUAAACAAAAAUUACUUUGUUAUCUAUGAAAACAUUAAUAAUUGAGUCUACUAAAACAUAUAUACGCACUAAUAAUUUGCCCUAAAAGCACCUAAAACAAGCAGAGAUACAACGUUCGAAACUGGAAAUGAAUGAAGGGUAGCGAGACAAAGAGAGUAAGAGAUAGUGGGUGUACUUCUUCUUAUACGCAUCAUCCUCCUCUUUAAAUAUCUUCAUCACUUCGUGUUCUUCAUAUAUAAUUUACCUUUGUUAAGGAAACAACAAUAAACGAACCUCUCUCUCUCUCUCUAAACUCUCUUUAUACACAAGACUGUGGAGUCUGCAUGAUGCUGGUGCUAAUAAGAAACGCAGAGGCAGCUUUCAGAUGAUAAUUGAUCGCUUAUUAAUUCAGCGACAGUUACGACUCAGUUGCGACUCAUUUCGGCGACUCCACUAACCGUAACAGCGACACUUUUUGAUCUCAUCACCUUCAUCGUAACGUCCUAUUUCUUGUUGCGGCGAUCUUCCGCCGAACAGGGCCAUGAUACGGGUCAUUCAUCUAGCUCUUCUUUUACUCAUAGCCACAACUGCCCAGUCACAUAAUUAUAUCCUGGCUUCCGAUGGAGACACCGUAGAAUGCGUCGACCGGAAUAAGCAACUAGCCUUUAAAAACUAUCUGUUGCGAAACCACAAAAUCCAGGAAACACCAUCAGAUUAUCCUAUUAUGAAGAAGGUGCAAAAGAAAAGCAUCUGGUCAACUUCUGAAGCGCAAAUUAGCACCGCAAAGUGUGAGAUCGGAACAGUGCCGAUACGACAAAAAGAGGCUAUUUCGAAUCAUCAGAGAACCCCAAAAACUAGCACCAAUUCUACGUUUACUCCCCAACACGAGUAUGCGGAAGCAUCUGUGCAUGCCCCGCCGAAGCUAUACGGUACCAGAGCAACCAUUAACUUAUGGAACCCAUUGGUCGAAGAUAGUGCAGCUGAAUUGAGCAUAUCCCAAAUAUGGCUUUCCUCCGGGGAUUAUGACACACAUGAUCUAAAUACCAUAGAAGUUGGGUGGCAGGUAUGUCCGGGGCUAUACAACGACAGCAAAACAAGAUUUUUCAUCUACUGGACGAGUGACGGAUACAAUAUAACCGGUGGCUACAACCUUGAAGAACCUGGAUUUAUUCAGAUUAGUAACAAUAUUGUCUUGGGAGGCUCUAUUACGCCGAUAUCUAGCUUUGGAGGAAGCCAAUACGAGAUGACAAUUCUCGUUUGGAAGGACCGGAAAAGCGGAAACUGGUGGUUAAGUGUUGGGACUAACAACACAAUAAUAGGAUAUUGGCCUCGGGAGAUUUUCACUUCCUUAGCAGAUCACGCGGUUGCGGUGGACUGGGGAGGUGAGAUUGUAAAUUCUCAGAGGUUUGGUCGACACACGAAGACCGAGAUGGGCUCGGGACAUUCUCCCGAGGAAGGUUUCGGGAAAGCGAGUUAUUUCCGAAACAUAGAGACUGUAGACUGCUACAACACCUUCCAGUCAAGCCAGGUGAUACAUCCGCACGCUGAAAUCACGAACUAUAACAUCAGCGUUUUUCGUACCGAUGAUUGGGGCACCUCGUUCUUUUACGGAGGAUCAGGAUCUAGCCAUACGCAUUCAGGAGUUGCUCCACUAAGUUUAAGUUUUUCUCUUAUUUAUCUUAUUUUUAGUAUAUUUUUCAUUAUCAUUUAGUUUAUUUCGUAUUUUAAUAUUUUUUUUUUUUUUUUUUUUUU